AUGUCCUACCAGCAACCUCCCCCGGGGCAAUACUACCCUCCUCCUGGAGGGUACGCCCCUCCGCCGCCCCAACCGAUGCAGUACCAGCAGGCACCACCCCCAGAGCCGUCCAAAGACCGUGGCUGUCUUAUGGGAUGGUCAUAUCAUGGCUAUGUGCUGUUGUUUCCUGUGCGAGGAGGCCUGCGAGUGCUGCGUUGA